CAGUGAGGCAGAGCUGAAGGCUGAGCUUGGAAACUCACUGCACUACAUCACAUUCACUAAUUGCACCAUCUGUGGACUGUUGUUGUGCUUGUUUUACAAAUCCUCCAAACGCUGCGUCGCUUUCAGCAGAUGGGUCCGUGUGGCCAGCUCGCUUCCUCUCAAUUCAGCUGCUGCACUAACUAGUUCUCCAAGUUUGGGACUAAUGAACUUGUGAGACACUCGGCGAUUUUGGAUACAGACGCGCGUUUCUGCGUACGCGCGCUGUCUUGACGCGCGGACUUUAUUUGUCGCGACUUGAUUCGUCUUUUCAUUUUUUAUUAUUAUUAUUAUUUUUUUCCCCCCCGUCCAUCUGCAUCUGAAGGAAGUGGAAGGAAAUAGGAGAGUCCACGCUCAGCCGCCGGUCUCGUGGCUCCUUUGUAUACAACAGCUGCAGCAGCUGUGUGUAAAUGCAUUGGCACACAGCGUCUCCUGCUCCGUGAUCCACAGUCUUCAUUUAGGAAUGAAGCGACUGCGCCAGGUGUAGAAGAGGAAUCUCAAAACUUUACCGAUACAGUCUGUUUCCUCGCCGCAGGGUUUCAUUCACCCCUAUAGAAAGCGGGGCUCCGUCUAUCGCCGUCUGUCUUUCUCCGUCUCUCCUCGCGCUUGGAUUGUAAACGGCAGCAAACAAACUGAGCUCCGUGCAGAGCUGCGCGGCUACGACACACACGAACACACAAACACAACCACCAUGGAUGUAAGAUUUUACCCCACUGCUGGUGGAAAUCCUAUUCCAGGAGAUCCACCUAACCUGGAUUUUGCGCACUGUUUGGGCUACUACAACUUCAACAAGUUUCAAAACAACAACAACUACAUGAACAUGGCAGAGGCGAAUGGGGCCCUGCUCGCUGCAGGCGAUACCUUUCAUACGCCAAGUUUGGGUGAUGAGGAGUUUGAGAUUCCUCCAAUUACACCUCCGCCAGAGAUGGAGUCUGGUCUGGGUCUAUCGGAAGUGGACUCACCUUUCCCAGCAAUGCCAGAACCCCCAGGUCCACACAGGGGUCCGUUAAUCCCUCAGUUCCCCCCUCAGAGCCUGGAUCUGCCAUCCAUUACCAUCUCACGCAACAUGAUGGAUCAGGAAGGGAUGACUGUCAACAAUGGGCAACCUGUGGUGAGCACUCCUAUGCAUUUAAACCGCUAGUAAAUCAAGAAGAGGAAUAGUGUCCUCAUUUGUCAACACAUAACCACUGUGCUACUGUUCUACUUGAAGCGGCAGCUCCAGAUGUGGUUACCAAACAAAAAAGAUUUGAUUCAUAAGCAUGUACUUCACUAUGCAGUCCUGAAAUGGGCCCUUUAUGCUGAGCCACGACGUCUCCUUCAGAGUUUUUGUACACCUCCUGUUGUCAGUGCAUCUGGCACAGCAUCUGGCCUUGUUUACAGCGCAGAAGGUAUAUGAUCGCGUUGAGUAAAUGUCAUGAUAUUAUGUUACUUACUGUGAGUAUAUUUAUUAAAAAGGAAAAAAAAAAAAAGGUGUGGAGGAGCUUCCUCUGUAAGGUGAGCAGAUGUGAAUAGAUCACAGGUGUUUGAGCACAAAGCACAUUCCGCCCCAGAAGGACAGUGAAAAUGGGACCCAAAAGUGCCACAGAUUCACAUGCUCAUAUUUAAUUCAUGAUGUGUGCAGAGGCCUCUUUUUGUGCUGUAGAUGCUGAUGCAUGGUUCAGUCUAAUGUCUCGUGUGCUCCUAAGAAAAGGCACCUGCUUUGUGUGUGGAGUGCAGGUUCAGAUUUGUCUCUGUAUUGUUGAGAAUUGACGAACAUAUGUGUGGCUUAAUCCUUCUUUCCUCUGACACAGAUGGUCAAAUGUGGAACAGUAGGCAAAGUAAUAAGUGUCUUUAUGUUGAUACUGUACCAUAGAUGGUGAGAUGGUUGUCUCGGGGUGGAAAGACAUUUUCAAAUGCCACAAUCAUAGAGGCAUUGAGGAGGAAAAAUGGAAAUGUCACUGGCUGACUAGUUGUCUUACAGACCUAUUACGAACAUGGGAGAUUCAUUUAGGAGAAAGGAAAAACCAAAGGACAAAGGAAUGAGCUGAGAAAUGAUGAUAGCGAUGCUGAGUUUGCCUUGUGAACCACGA